UGGGACAGUUCGUGCCAGAUCACUCUCGGACGUCUUUGUCGUUCAGCUUUCAGACCGUAGACCGUAUUGUUGAGAGACCACGGGGUGCAUACCUACGGGGUGGGAGUCGUGGGAGACCAUUUGCGACAAGUUUUGUCGCCGCCGCCCGCCGCGACGACGACGCUUUCGCCAGCCCAAGGCCAGUCCUGUGAUUUUUCUAAUCUGUGAUCCCUUGACAGUACCAUAGACAAUAAAGUUGACAAUCGUUGUCAAUUUAUUUGUUUUUGUCGGUUUGUUUGAAAAAUUCAAAUGUAUUUGCGCAAUUUAUUGUGAAAAUCAAGAGAUUAACUACUUUAUUAGAUCAAAUAGGAACCAAACUGUUAUAAUGGCGAAUAUUGAUAACGAUCCUAUGUAUAUGCGGGUAUCCGCGAUGCUGGAAGGCCUGUGUAACCGCAUCGAUGAGGAGGUGAAUGUUCAGGAGAAGCAGUUGGAGGCUAGCAAGAGGAAUAAUGAGCUGGAGACUCGCUUUGCACAGGAGUUACAACUUAAUCGUGAGCUGCAGGCGCGUCUGGACGCAGCGGGGCGGCGCGGCGGCGAGCUGUCCCGCGUGUGCGAGCAGUUCCAGCUCAAGCUCAACAUCACUGACAGCGAUCGCAUAAGGCUCAAUACUGCUAAGGAGAUGUACCAGAUAGCCAAAGAGUUGACAGGAAUCCGGUGGGACUUCACUGCACCUCCCAAUGUCGCCAAGGGAUACGUGAAGAGCGAGUCCCGGAAGCUUCUAGAGCCGUUCUCCAUUACCCUGGACGAGGCGGCGGGCGCGGGGGCGGCGGGGGACGAGCUGUGGGCGCGCGUGGCCGGCGCCGCGCACCCCGCCUGGCGCCUGCACGACAAAGAGAACUGUCAUCCGAACAACAUGUAGAUGUAAGCUAAGUAAGUUAGGUAUUAUACGUAAUGAAGACAUAAGUAAGUUAGCCAUUAAAAGCAAUGUCUAAGCCUAAGUUAGCUGCAUAAAGGUAUAAGCGUCGACCUUUCGCCAUCGUACGCAACGGGCGCAUCACUUUCAGUAUUCUUUGUAUAGAAAUUCACACCAGUGCGUCCACUUCAUGGACAUUGGCAUUGCCGACGCUGUUUCUCUUUUACAUUUAUGGAUAUCUGUUUGGUUCGCUACAUACGAUACCGAUAGGUGGACGCUUACCUGAAACAUGCUUUUUUGUAAAUGUCAAAAUCAGAUCGCGAUCUAUUGGACGCCGUAGAUUGUCUGGUGUGGAUACAGAAGUCGAUAUGUGUUUAUAGCGCUAACUGCUGUUGAUAUUUAUGAAGGAAUAGAUGUCCAAAGCGGAGACGAGAAGAGAAGAUAAUAUUAUGUGUAGGUAUACUCGGGUGAACCUAUC